AUGGCAGCCGCACCCUCACCUCGCAAAACAUACUCGUACAUGGCCAAGCUUGCCUGGGAAGCCUGGAGAUACGAAGAAAUGGUGGAGUUCAUGGAGGAGGUUUCUGCUGCCGCCGACAGUGAGGAACUAGAGCUCACGGCUGACAAGAGGAAACUCCUCUUUGAUGCCCAUGGGAACGUGAUCCAAGCAAGGUGCGACUCGUUGCGCAUCAUCUCCUCCAUGGAGAAGGACGAGGAGAGCGGCGGAAACGAGGACCACGUCGCUAUUAUUCGCGACUACCUAUCCAGGAUCGAGUCCGAGCUCUCCAACAUCUGCGAGGGCAUCUCCAAGCACCUCGACUUACGCCUCAACCACCCCGCCUCCUCCGCCAAGGGCGAGAUCGAAACGUGCGUCGCUGAGCUCAAAAUCGAUGACCAGCGUAAGAACACGACCCUCACUGAUAUUGCACCCUCGCCUCCUCGCAAAAAGUACAUGUACAUGGCGAAGCUUGCCCAGAACGCCAGGCGUUACGAUGACAUAGUGGAGUUCAUGGAGAAGGUCAUUGACGCUGCCGGCAGCGAGGAGCUCACGUUUUUGGAGAGGAGGCUCCUCAGCGUGGCCUACGAGAAGGUGAUGACACAGAAGCGCUACGCGUUGACCGUCGUCUCCUGCAAGGAUGAGGGGGACGAGGAGGAGAGCGGCGGCAACGAGGACCGCGUCGCCGUCAUCCGCGACUACCGGUCCAAGAUUGAGAACGAGAUCUCCAACUUCUGCGACGGCAUCCUCGAGCUCCUUGACUCAUGUCUCAUCCUCUACGCCUCCUCCGGCGAGGUGAAGGCCUUCUACAUCAAGAUGAAGGGUGAUUUCCGCAAGUACCUGGAUGAUGUUAAGGCUAGGGCCUAGCGUAAGGAGUCCCCUCUUUGGGUGCAAAGAUUUUUGGUAUUCAAGUCUGU